UAGGGGUGGGGCGGUGCAGGCGCAGAGAAUUGGUUCGGCUGGCUUGGAUUUAAAGCGAUAGAAGCUGUUGGAGCCCUACAAGACGGUCCCAGGUACCCUCCCCUCCAGUCCUUGGGACCAUUUGGGUCCCCAGAACUGGGGAGAUGGUUUGUGGCGGAUUUGCCUGUUCCAAGAACGCGCUGUGCGCUCUCAACGUCGUUUAUAUGCUUGUGGGCUUACUGCUCAUUGGCGUGGCUGCCUGGGGCAAGGGCCUGGGUCUGGUUUCCAGUAUUCAUAUCAUUGGAGGAGUCAUUGCUGUGGGCGUCUUCCUUCUCCUCAUUGCAGUGGCUGGACUCGUGGGGGCUGUUAACCAUCACCAAGUGCUGCUCUUCUUCUACAUGAUCAUUCUUGGCUUGGUCUUCAUCUUCCAGUUUGGAAUCUCUUGCUCAUGUCUGGCUAUUAACCGAAACAAACAGAUGGAUGUCAUCAAUGCAUCGUGGGGGGUCAUGAGCAACAGUACCCGGCAUGAAUUGGAGAGAAGUUUUGACUGUUGUGGCUUGUUCAACCUCACAAGGCCAUCCCUACAAGAUGACACUUCCUGUGGUGCAAUGUGCAAGACUAGGAGUUCUGCAUGCCAGAUGUGUGGGGAGAAGUUCCUUAAGCAUUCAGACGAAGCCCUGAAGAUCCUAGGUGGUGUUGGCCUCUUCUUUAGCUUCACAGAGAUCCUUGGUGUCUGGCUGGCAAUGAGAUUCCGGAAUCAAAAAGACCCCAGAGCCAACCCCAGUGCCUUCCUGUGAGACUUGACCUUCCAGACAGGACCUUUGUUAGCCCAGGCUGGUCUCCAACAUGCUGUGUGGCCAAGGGCGAC